UUUCAUUUCCAUAGAUAUAAUCAACGUCGUGUUGCAUUCAAAUUAGCAUACAUAGGAUGGGAUUAUUAUGGCUUAGCUAGUCAAGAAGGAAUUGAAAAGACCAUUGAGGCCGAAUUGUUCAAUGCGCUUACUAAGACAUGUUUGAUUGAAAAUAGAACUAAUAGUAAUUACUCUAGAUCGGGUAGGACUGAUAAAGGUGUCAGUGCUCUUGGCCAGGUUAUUUCACUUAAUGUUAGAACGAAUUUAGCGAGUGGACCAGGUGUAAUUGUUGAAACUGUUUCGGAGCUAUCAUAUGUUAAGCUGCUAAAUAAAGUAUUGCCUGGAGAUAUCAGAAUUUUGGCUUGGGCACCAGUAGAUAAUGAUUUCAGUGCUCGGUUUAAUACUGUGUCUAGAACUUACAAGUAUUAUUUUCCUCGAGCAAAUAUGAAUAUAGAAGCUAUGAAUGAAGCUGCUCAACGCCUCAAAGGAGAACACGAUUUUAGAAAUUUUUGUAAGAUGGAUUUGGCUAAUGUUUCGAAUUUUCGCCGCGAAAUUUUAUCAAUAAAAGUCCAAUCCAUAGAGACACCGUAUGUAUUGCAGAAUCAAGGCUUCGAAAUGUGUGAAAUUAUUGUUUGUGGGAAAGCGUUUUUAUGGCAUCAAGUCCGUUGCAUGGUUGCAAUUUUAUUUCUCAUUGGUCAAGGUUUAGAAGAUGCUAAUAUCAUCAAUUAUAUGUUGGAUAUUGAAAAAUGCAACAAAAAACCCCAAUAUGGAAUGGCCUCAGGUAUGCGUACGUAUGCUCGGAGUUUAUUAGGUUUACUGUCAGACGAUUAUCAUUCUCUUUACUUUCAUCUUCGUCGCUAA